GCCGCCAUUGCCACGUAAUGUUGGAACCAAAACAGACGAGCGUCGAAUUCCGAAUGUGGCUGUCUGUCUGUUGAGGAUGACGAUAUCCUGAAAUUUUAAUUUGAUGGCCAACAACUACAGUGGCUCUGUGCCACAAUUCCCACAUGCUGGUGAACAGCCUCUCCUAGCAAAAAUGCCUGCAGCCAUGCCUAUGCCUAAUGGUGCACCACCUCACUGGGGCCAAGAAGUAGAUUUUAAAUCCAGUUUAACUAGUCAAACUGCGCCACCUGUGCAUGCUACAACAAAUGGCACAAGAAGCUCAUCUCAACAUAGUCAUCAAGGUAGUCUAUCGUCCCACUCGUCUCGAGACUCAUCUCCAGCUCCGUCCCGCAUAGGAGUGGUCCAUCCAAAUGCGUGGUCCACCAGCAAUUCGCAUAACCACAGCAAUCUAGUACCCAGUGACAAUUCUUUGAGUAUUCCUAACCGAGCUCAGCAACCGUCUCAACUUUCACCUUUGAGCAGUGGUGGUCCCACAGUAAUGACCAACUCUGCAUCCCAAGGACAUGUACCUAUUCCAAAUUUGCAGUCAUCUCCAGGACAAAGAAUGCCCCCCAUUGGCCAGGUGCCUCCAGGACCUCAACAAAUGCCCUCAGGGUCCUUCCCACUCUCUCUGCAAAGGCCACUGGGCCCUGUGUCCAGUGCACCCUCGUCAACACUUGGACCGUCAGCACCUCAAGAUUCUACAUCACAAAAUUCAACUGGGAAUCUUCUAACCACGCCUGCUCCAAGUUCGCAAACACAAGCACAGCAACCUCAAGGAAAUUUUGUUGCGGUGUCAUCAUCUGCAGGAUUGCCUCCGCAGAAUUCCUAUGGAACUGUGGGACCUCAAGCAUCACCACAUCAAUUAGGUUCACCUGGGCAGCAGCAACCCUCCCUGAAUCAAGGACCACCAAGGCCCAUGGGACAAGCUUUCCCUAUGCAGGGGCCGUCGAGAGCUGCACCAACGACGCAGGCUUCCACAGCACUUGUACCUCCAAUGCAAAUGCCAACCAACACGGGUCCAAUGCCUCCCGCACAAACUGCACCCGCUCAUGGACCAAUGCCUGGAAGACAGAUGCCUCCAGGUGCAGGACAACCAUUACCUCCCAGUUCUGCUGCUCAAAGCACGCCUCCAGUACCUGGUCAACAGAUGCCACCAAUGCCAGGACAACAGUCAUAUAUGAUGAUGGGACCAAAGCCCUCAGCUCCUGGACAACAAAUGCAGCCUGGAUUUGGACAGACAAUGCCGCUGGGUCCCGGCCAAAAUAUGCCUCCAAAUCUCCAAAUGCACCCGGGUUUCAAUCAGCAAAUGCCACCUGGACCUGGGCAACAGAUGCAGACAGGCCGAGUGCCCCAAAUGCCACCUAUGUCAGCUGGACCUCCUGGACAAAUGCCUCCAAGGCAGAUGCCCCCAGGCCCAGGCCUAUACCCUCAAAGACCGCCACAGGGACCACCACAAGGGCCUCCGCAAGGACCUCCGCAAGGACCUCCGCAAGGACCUCCGCAAGGACCUCCGCAAGGACCUCCGCAAGGACCUCCGCAAGGACCUCCGCAAGGACCUCCGCAAGGACCUCCGCAAGGACCUCCGCAAGGACCUCCGCAAGGACCUCCGCAAGGACCUCCGCAAGGACCUCCGCAAGGACCUCCACAAGGACCUCCGCAAGGGCUUCCCCUAAUGCCUCCCCAAGGGCCUCCCCAAGGGCCCCCACAGGGCUUGCCCCAAGGGCCAUCUCAAGUGCCUCCCUCUCAACUGCCACCAGGACCUUCAGGUCAGUGGCCCUCCGGGCCUGGAGGCCCCUCACGACCAUUCUACCCAGUGCACCAAGGACUAGCUACAUCACCUCUGGGACCGCAGCCUUACUCUGGACAACAGCCAUCGGUCAUGCCAAUUCUCCCACAACCAAUUCAAUCUCUUUCUGGCCAGGUUCUCCAGAGACCUGUUCAGCCAUUAGGCCAAGAAGGCCAGUAUAUACCAAAACAAAUGGUGUCUGGUCCUUUAGCUCAUGAUUUAGGCCUACGGAGGUAUCCACAGCAACAGAUGCAUCCAGCUGGCCCCGAUAGUCUAUCAACACCUAUGUCAAAUUUAAGUGUAACCCAAGCUGGUUACAACAAACUUUGGGGCCAAGAACAUUAUGACCUACUUCAGAGUCGAAACAUUUUACCCCCUGAAAAAGUUGAAGCUCCAAAAAUUAGACUAACAGCUGAUUUCCAGAACAGUGUAAAUUGCAGUCCUGAUAUCUUCCGAUGUACUCUUACGAGGAUUCCAGAAACGGAUUCUCUUUUGAAGAAGUCAAGAUUACCACUAGGUGUACUCAUUCAUCCAUUCAGGGAUCUUCAUAAUUUGCCUGUUAUUCAAUGUAACCCUAUUGUUCGAUGUCGUAUCUGCCGCACCUAUAUCAAUCCCUUUGUAUAUUUUAUGGACGAGAAACAUUGGAAAUGUAACCUCUGCUUUAGAGUCAAUGAACUGCCAGACGAAUUUCACUAUGAUCCAGCCACUAAAACCUAUGGAGAGCCCAUGAGAAGACCAGAAGUAAAAUCAGCCACAAUUGAAUUUAUAGCUCCUGCAGAAUACAUGCUGAGGCCACCUCAACCUGCAGUGUAUCUGUUCUUGUUGGAUGUGUCCCGUCUCGCUGUGGAAAGUGGCUAUCUGCAAGUAGUAUGCGAAACACUUCUUACUGAACUCGAGCACCUCCCUGGUGAUGGUCGCACCUCUGUGGGCUUCAUCACGUUCGACUCUGCCGUUCAUUUCUACAGUCUAGCUGAAGGAUUGAGUGCUCCUCAGCAGAUGGUUGUCAUGGAUAUUGAUGAUAUCUUCUUGCCCUGUCCUGAAAAUUUAUUGGCUAAUCUCGGUGAGAGAAAGGAACUCAUUCAAAACUUGUUGCUGUUGUUGCCAACAAAAUUUUCUGAACAGUAUGACACUGGGAGUGCUCUUGGAGCAGCAUUACAGGCGGCCUUCAAGCUCAUGAGUCCAACUGGAGGGAGAGUUACCGUAUUCCAGUGCUGCUUACCCAACAAAGGACCUGGCACAUUGAAGGCAAGAGAAGACCCUGCCAACAGGGCAUCCAAAGAUGUCCCGCAUCUUAAUCCUGCCACUGACUUCUACAAGCAGCUCGCUCUCGAGUUCUCUGGGCAGCAAACAGCUGUUGACCUAUUUCUUCUCAACCAACAAUAUUCUGAUCUUGCUACCAUUUCUGGUGUCUCAAGAUUUUCAGGUGGUUGCAUAUAUCACUUCCCACUUUUCCAGUCUAGCAACAUUCAGUUAUGUGACAGUUUUGAAACUGCUUUCCGACGCUAUCUUGAACGUAAGAUUGGCUUUGAGGCUGUCAUGAGGAUAAGAUGCAGCAGAGGGCUGUCUAUUCAUACAUUCCAUGGAAACUUCUAUGUUCGUUCAACGGAUUUACUGUCGUUACCAAAUAUUAAUCCAGAUGCCGGCUUUGGAAUGCAAGUUUCAAUUGAAGAAAAUCUAUCUGAUAUGCAGAGUAUAUGUUUCCAAGCUGCAUUGCUGUACACCUCUGGGAAAGGUGAAAGAAGAAUUCGUGUCCACACCAUGUGUUUGCCUACUGGUAAUAGCUUACCUGAUAUCUUGCACAGUGCUGAUCAACAAUGCAUUAUUGGCCUCCUUGCCAAAAUGGCGGUGGAUAGAUCUCAGCAAUCGUCAUUGUCAGAUGCAAGGGAUGCAUUUAUUAAUGUGGCAAUAGAUGCAUUGUCAGCCUACAAACUAACACAGUCGUCUGUGAUGGGUGCUGGACUGCUAGCUCCUAGGAGUCUUAGAUUAUUACCUCUCUACAUUGUUGCUUUGCUCAAAAAUGUGGCCUUCCGAUCAGGCACAACUACAAGACUGGAUGAUCGUGUGUAUGCCAUGUGUCAAAUGAAAACUUUACCUCUAACCCACCUCAUUCAAUUCAUUUAUCCGGAUAUGUACCCCGUGCAUGCCCUAGACCAAUAUGAGGAAGUGAUGAUUGAGGAAACAGCUUUAACAAUCCCCCCCAGAUUACAUUUGUCAGCAGAGAAAGUCAGUUCCCAAGGGGCUUUUCUUUUGGAUGCUGGAGAUCAAAUGCUACUGCUUGUUGGACGGGCAAUACCUCCCAUCUUCUGUGAAAAUGUCCUUGGAGUUUCUUCCUUCAGUGCCAUUCCUGAGGACAUGUUUGACCUACCAGAAAUCGAUUGUGAAGACUCGCGUAGAUUACGCAACUUUGUGUCAUAUCUUCAAUCAGAGAAACCUUACUGUGCCACUUUUCAUGUAAUUAGGGAAGACAGUAAACAACGCUCUAAAUUCUUUGAACGCCUAAUUGAAGAUCGCACCGACUCUUCUUUAUCUUACUAUGAAUUCUUACAACACAUAAAAAAUCAGAUCAAAUAAUGUGCCUUACUACCUACCAUACUACAUUUUCUUAUUAAGUUCAUAUUGUGCUUGACUUGGGAACAGUUAAAGCACAAGCCUGAUUUUGUGGUAUUCUGUAAUAAUGCUUGAACUAAGAGUCUACUUGUUGUUAAAGUUUUGUCUUCUUUGUUGUAAAAGCCUUGAGGACAUUUUUUGUUUGUCCAUUCAAUGGUUCAACAUACAAUGUACAGUAAAAGAAAGUUUCUAAAGUGCGUUGGCUUUCUGUCUAUGGUGAUAUGGUGCUUUACUAUUUUGUAUUUUAUUGUGUGAAUUCUGUUCUUUCAUUGAUUUUUACCAUAUAGAAUUGCAAUUUGAUUCUGUGACUUGUAUGUAAGAGUGAGUGAUGUUUAUGAAUCCCAUGUAUACUUGCAUUAUUGAUUGAAUGUUUCCAUUUGUGAUUGUUUGUUCAUACUCGACUGUAACCUGUGUUGAGCUAAGUUCUCGUGAUUUUUUUGUUUCAUAAAUGAAAGGCUGGAAAAUGCUGUGGUGUGCAUUUGUAUGCUUUUCUAGAAAAAUGAGGCAUGUACCUGUUUUCUCGGUGUAUGUUAGAUAAUGCAUCUGUUGCGUCUUAUUAGGUUAUUGACUUUUUUCUUUCAGGCGAUGUCAUCUACCUCAAAAUCCUUAGUGCCAUCCUAAGGAUGUUUGUGUUAUACCAACUUGGCUGUUCUCUGUCUUACUCCAUGUCCUUUAUUUUAGACUUGGGAGAGAGAGAGAGAGAGAGAAGAGAAGAGCUAAGGGGAGAGGGAGAGUUCCUCGCAGGAUGUUGCUCACAAUGAAGCUUUUGCAGACUAUAAAUCGCAACAUUGAUACGGUACAUGACCAAUCCAUUUAUUCUUUCUUACCCUUUGUGUGUUGAGUUUCAUGAUAUUGUAAGCCAAAUGUCAGAAAUAAUAUUUGCAUGCAAUGACGUAUCCCUGUUCAACAAUCAGAGCUGAUAUUUUAUGACAUCUGCUUUGUUAGAAAUUUUCUACUUCCAAUCACUGUAAAAAAUUGUUCUAUUAGUAAAUUCUUUUGAUGUCAGUUUUCCUCCCCAUUCAUCCACUUGUUAUUUUUGUGUACAUGUACAAAAUGCUUUGAAUAAAUUUUACUGUAAAUAAUCAGCUUAAGUAUAAUGUUGAAGUUUAAUUUGAGAUAGCAUUUUACUAUACUUCUGCAGUGAAUGGGGGUGCAAAAUUGGCAAAAAUGUGAUAUGAUUUUGGUUGGAUUUGCCUGUUAAAGCCUAACUAAUCUGUAUGUGCUAGUUAUAAAUUAACUGUCUGUUAGUCUGUUGAGGUGUUUUUUUGUUGUUGUUUUUUUUUCAGGUAUAUGCCUCUUUUUUCACUUGAGCAUUUAGACUUAUUGAAGAUUCAAAGUGAAUUGUUUGAAAAUAAAUAAUAAAUUUUAUGUGGAAUAGGAGGAAACAGAUCACAUUUGCUCUAUGUUCACUGUGCAUGUAAACUAUUUUUAGUCAGACGUUGUGAUUGACAUCUAUAAUAAUUAUGUUAAUAAAUGCUUUUGAAUUGUGUCUUACACUUUAUGUAUGUUACUGGAGUAGAAUGAUAACUGAGCAACUUUUGGGUAUCAAAUCUAGUUUAGGCAUUUCACUCUCAGCCAAGCUGAUGUACAGUAGCAUUGUUUUCAAUAAUAAAAUUAGUCACAGUAUA